UUGUCAUAUUGUCGAGAAAAUGGAGGGUAACUUGCUGUGAGCUUGUUGGUCGUGAUCUGUUGAUAAUUUCUUGCUCAUUUUCUAGAAAAUCGUUCUCCUCAUUAAAAAUUCUUUUCGAGAGCAUCGUUUACAAAAGUGGAAGGACAAGGGUUCACAGUUUCUAUAAAGGAGUCUGUACCCACGGUGUCUGGUGCUUUUACCGGUGCCAAAGCCAACGAAAGUGAUACUGCAGCUGCACAAGCCAGUUUUCAACGAUGGGUACCUCCACAUAUUGCUCGAGAGACAGAAAAAUCAAGCGAUGCCGUAUUUAGACGAGUCAGAGCAAUCCUCAACAAACUCACGCCUGAAAAAUUUGAUAAAUUGUCUGAUGAGCUUCUUCAUGUUGGCAUCAACACAAAAUUCAUUUUAAAGGGUAUUAUACUUUUGGUUUAUGAAAAGGCUCUCGAUGAACCAAAAUACAGUUUGCUCUAUGCCCAGUUGUGUUUACGUCUUUCUCAACUUGCUCCUAAUUUUGACGAUCCUGGAAAAGCAGGGCAUUCGACAUUUCGCCGUCUUUUGCUCAAGCAGUGUGAAGAAGAGUUUAACAGCCGAUCAAAAGCCAGUACAGCUCUCGAUAGAAAAGAUGGAGUUCUUAGUUUGGAAGAGGAAGAACAGAGAGCAAGCAAUAAACGGAAGAUGCUUGGCAACAUUAAGUUUAUCGGUGAACUCGGUAAACUGGGCAUGCUGCACCAGGCGAUACUCCACAAAUGUAUUAAACAGCUUCUGGAUAAAAAAAAGCGCGCGACAAUGGCAGAUAUUUCGGAAGAUAUGGAAUGCUUGUGUCACUUGAUGAAGACUGUUGGACCACAACUUGAUGUUCUCAAAGCAAAGCCACUUUUUGAUCAAUACUUUGAUCGGAUCCAUCACAUUCUGAAGAAUACCGAUCUGCCAUCCCGCAAUCGUUUUAUGCUUCAAGAUAUGAUCGAAAUGAGGAAGAAUAAGUGGGCACCAAGACGUGCUGCACAGGAUAAUUCAGCUCCAAAACUGAUACGUGAAAUCAGGCAAGAUUCCAUACAGGGUAGAAAAGGGGGCAUGAUAAAUCCUGCUGAGCCUGCGUUUUCACACGGACUUCGUUACAAUAAGAAAGGAAGAAUAUCACCUGGCAGAGGCUUUGAAGAUGUCUUUAUGUCCGACUCAAGCUUUGAUUCAUUUCUUCCUGUCAAUAACUUUGGCGACAUAAGUAUUCACGAUGACCCAUUUUAUUCCAUUCAUGGCUUCCAAGCAAGAUUGGAUGAGCUUCCCCCGGUUCGUCCAAUGAGAGAGGAAGACCUAAACUAUAGUUCUACUAAGCCCAGAGGAAACACUCCCGACUUUAUGCCAAACUUCCAGUCUGCACAAAGGAAACAACCAGUCAAUGAAUCUAGACCAAGGAGAAUGUUGGCACAGAAAAGUCGCACAGCUGAUGGACAGAUAAGUCUUCGCCCAGUUCGAGACUCCAUGGUCACGCAACCAUCCUUGGCUCCUCGUACCCCACAAAUCUCUUCGACGUCCAACCAACAAAGACAAACUAACGGAUUAACUUCUGGAGCAAACGAAAAAUCAAAAGCCACCAACAAGUCUUCUGCUACCACAACCAAAGCUGACGUAGAAAAAAAUUUGACUGCAAUUGUUGAAGGUUUCUUGAAAUCAAUUGAUGUUGCCGAGGCCAAAAAGAGUAUGAAAAUGCUAACAACGCCACAAGCUAAGCAGGCGCUUGUUAUUAAACUUGCUCAAGCUGUCAUUGAUGAAAAAUGUUACGUCGAAAAUAUAAUGAAAUUACUUAAGACAUGUUUGGCUGAGAAGACGUUGACGAAGGAAAAUGUAGUCAAGGGUCUUCAAUCAUGGUGUCAAAAGCUGCCCAAGUCUGAUAAAGAUUUAAAAAAUAUAAAAACCUUCCUAGGAAAAUUUACGGCUCAACUUGUUUCGGAGAACAUAGUUGAUCUUUCAACCACAAGUAAAAUCCUCGAAUCUAUUGACCUCAUGUUCUUGCAGUGUUUGAAAGAUCUAAAGUCAUUAAGAGGAGAGGAUUGGUUACUUGAGAAUUUCAACUUCAGUCAAGUGAAUUUGUCAUCAACAUUGCCGGACGACUUCAAGGGUGAAGAAAAUAUGAUCAAAAUUUUACGUGAAAAGGGGUUGAUAUUCCUCUCUCCUAAACUUAAAGCCCGUGUUGAAUUAUUUGAACAAAUGCAGCGUGAUGCUAAUGAUGCUUACUUGUUUUUGUGGAUAAAGGAAAAUUUGGAAAAUUGGCUUUCAAGUGCUGAAGUUGCUAGUGUUUUGACCACAUGUGUGCUUAAGUAUGUUACCAUGGCUACGAGCUUAUCUCUGGAUGUCAAUUGCAGUCAACCGCUGGACAAAGUAGUCCAGGAAGAAGAAAAAGCAAUGAUGGAAAGUAUGAAACCUUUAAUGCAGAAGUUUCUCAAUGACAACAUCAAACUUCAGAUCAACGCUCUGUAUGCCUUGCAAGUUUUCUGCCACGACAAUAAUUUUCCAAAAGGUAUGCUGUUACGAAUGUUUAUGAUGCUCUACGACCUGGAGAUCAUUGAAGAAGAUGCAUUUAUAUCUUGGAAGGAGGACGUCAGUGACCAGCAUGCUGGCAAGGGAAAAGCUCUCUUUCAGGUGAACGCAUGGCUUACUUGGUUAGAAACCGCUGCUGAAGAAAGUACGGAUUCGGAACCCGAAUAAUCGCCUAUGCUAAUCAAAUCAUACACAAUACUUUUUAAUUUCAAUUAUGACUCUCAAUUUUCUUAAUAUCAUUUGACUUAAUGAAUUUCAAUAAAGUAAAUAAUAGAUCUGGCAACUUAAUAAAUCAUGAAAUUAUAGCAAGUUAUGGUUAUAA